CAUCCCCAAGGUGCUGCAAGUCCAGGGUCACUCCCUACAAGCAAGCUCCAGGUGUACCUCCAGAAGAUGCUUCAGUGACUCCGUGGCACAGAUCUGGACACACAACAGAAAAUCAGAAGGACACUAACACUGAUCAUUAGAUUAACACACCAGCAGUUUGGACCAAGGACAGAAGCCAGGGUGUCAUUUCUGCCACGCGCCCGCCAGAACAGUCAGUUGACCAGAUCUAGGGAGAUACCCAUCCGAGGGCUCUGCUCCCCUUGGGCUGCUGGAAUUGUGGCCAAGCCCCAGCAUUCCCACAAUCUGGGUGCCCAGAAGGUGAGCAGGCAGCAGGCGUGCCUGCCCAGCACCAGCCCAGAUAUCAGACACCCUGUUUGCCCUUCUGGUUUUCUGAGAACAACAGACUCCCAGGACGAUUCUUCCUGCCUCACAAAUGCCUGGCUCACUGUCAAGGGAAUCACCUUUGUGAAGAUGGAGCUGUCAUGCAACACAGACUCCUGUGACCCUUGCAGCAAGUCCUGAAAGCUGCCGAGGGAAGCCAUGGAUGCGACUACUCCAGCCCCAAAUGUUGGAGUGCAGAUCUACCUAGGUCCUGUGUGGCCAGCCCCUUCCAACAGCACCCCUUUGGCCCUCAACUUGUCCCUGGCACUGCAGGAGGACGCCCCGGGGAACCUGACUGGGGACCUCUCUGAGCACCAGCAGUACGUGAUUGCCCUCUUCCUCUCCUGCCUCUACACCAUCUUCCUCUUUCCCAUCGGCUUCGUGGGCAACAUCCUCAUCCUGGUGGUGAACAUCAGCUUCCGGGAGAAGAUGACCAUCCCAGACCUGUACUUCAUCAACCUGGCUGCGGCCGACCUCAUCCUGGUGGCGGACUCCCUGAUUGAGGUGUUCAACUUGGAUGAGCAGUACUACGACAUUGCGGUGCUCUGCACCUUCAUGUCCCUUUUCCUGCAAAUCAACAUGUACAGCAGUGUCUUCUUCCUCACCUGGAUGAGCUUUGACAGGUACCUGGCGCUGGCCAAGGCCAUGCGCUGUGGCCUCUUCCGAACCAAGCACCACGCACGGCUCAGCUGUGGCCUCAUCUGGAUGGCCUCGGUGUCCGCCACGCUGGUGCCUUUCACAGCCGUGCACCUGCGGCACACCGAGGAGGCCUGCUUCUGCUUCGCAGAUGUCAGGGAGGUGCAGUGGCUGGAGGUCACACUGGGCUUCAUUGUGCCCUUCGCCAUCAUUGGUCUCUGCUACUCCCUCAUUGUACGGGCCCUCAUCCGGGCCCACAGGCACCGCGGCCUACGCCCACGCAGGCAGAAAGCCCUGCGGAUGAUCUUUGCAGUAGUCCUUGUCUUCUUCAUCUGCUGGCUGCCGGAGAACGUCUUCAUCAGCGUCCACCUACUGCAGUGGACGCAGCCGGGGGACACUCCCUGCAAGCAGUCUUUCCGUCAUGCCUACCCCUUGACAGGCCACAUUGUCAACCUUGCAGCCUUCUCCAACAGCUGCCUGAACCCCCUCAUCUACAGUUUCCUGGGAGAGACCUUCAGGGACAAGCUCCGACUCUAUGUGGAGCAGAAGACGAGCCUGCCGGCUCUGAACCGCUUCUGCCAUGCCACACUCAAGGCAGUCAUUCCAGACAGCACGGAGCAGUCAGAUGUCAAGUUCAGCAGUGCUGUGUGACAGGUACCUCCCAGAGGGAAGAGGACAGGGGGAGCAGGCUGGCGCUCAGACCUGCACACGCCGAGCACAGGAGGUGGGUGAGCUGAGUCACGUCACACUCUCAAACCCCAUGGCUUGGGGGAAAAGGUCACAUUGCUGGGUCAUCUCUGGGGCUGCUGGGAUCUUUCCUGACUGACCAGCUCAUGGGUGAUGAGAUCAGCCAUAGACUCAAGGCAGUGGGCCAUGUGACAUUGACCUCUGACCUCAGAGAGCACUACACAGGCCUGCGGCUUGGUUUUCUUUCCAUACCCUAUGUUCCCAGAACACAAGUCUGUUAUUGAUAAGUGACAGAUAAAAAGGACAGGCCAUGCUAUGGGAGUACCAUGUUAUAUUUCUGCUACAUGCCUGCUACAUGGAGGAGUCUCGAGACAGAAUAUAUGUACCAGACCCAAAUUGGCUACAUUCCCUUUGCUUGUGAUGUGUAGCUGACCAUGUAUACACUGUCCAGUGCAGCCAAACCUAGGGAUGCCAGAGCCUCCUUCCUGUCUUCCGGAAGGCUUUGAGGUCACCCCAGAUGCCACUCCUAACUCCUGAGUGAACAGCAUGUCUAAGCUGAAAAGGCCCUUUAAUAAACCGCCUUCCUGCUCUGGGAUGCUCUUCUCACAAAGCUUGUUUACAGGGUGUUUGUCCUUCGUGAAGGUGGAGAGACUCUGGGUGCUGCUGUGCAGGCCGGGGG